ACAGUCAAGAUCGAUCAAUGCGGAUCAGACACGAUUCCAUCCUCUGAGGAGAAAUGCAAUACUCAAGCCUGCAGCGAAGAAACCACUCCCGAUACGACGACCGAAAUGUCUUUGGUUGAAGUCUGCGAGGAAGUUGAGGUUGACGAUGAAGAAGGAGAGGAAGAAGAAAUAGGAGAGGAGGUGAUUGAGGAUCCCAUAGUAGAAUCCAGUGGAUCCAAUCUGGGAAUGGAACCGUCGUCUGGCUCUGGCUCUAGCUCUGAUGGCAGUGGCAUGGAUACUACUACGGAUAGUACUAUGGAUAGUACUAUGGAUAGUAGCAUGGAGAGCAAUAUGGAAAGUAGCAGCGGCGACCUUGCUGUAGACAUGUCUGCUGAAGGAUCUGGUGACAUGGGAUCUGAAUCGUCUGGACUCGGAUUGGUGCUGGGAGGAAUGACCGCUCCACCGACAGUGAUGGAAGGAUCGAGCGAACAGGAAGGACUAGUGCGGAAGGGCAGAAGACGACAAGCGCCUGCCGAAGAAUUGCUUCUUUCAAACGAAGGAUCAGGUUCUGGAAUGGGUUCGAGUAUGGGUUCCGGAUUAGGUUCUGGCAUCAUCCUUGGUGAAUCAGGAUCUGGUAUCGAUGGUAUGGAUUCCAGUGAACUAGAGGUUGAAGAAGAAAUGAGCGUCAUCGAAACCAAGAACGGACAUUUGCAAUCAGAAAACGUUCUACCCGUCGAUGGUAAACCAUCAAGCGAGAAAUCAGCUAAAAAUGAAACGACAACUAAAAAGCCGACUAAGGACGCCGAGGAGACGAGCACUGUUAAGCCAAGCAAAGAUGCUAAAAAAGAUGCGACAACUGUGAAACCAGCCAAAUCGGUCAAGAAACCGGGCGUUGAAGUGAUCGAGAGCGAUAUUAUGAAAACUGGAACCAAAGCACCUCCUAAAUCCAAGGCCAAGAGCUUCCCAGGCAAAAAGAAGAAGGUGAAGGAAUGUCGCGUGGUUACCCAGGAAAAACCAACCUGCGACAAAACCGAAUACGGAUGCUGUUCUGAUGGGAGUAACUCCAGCCAAAGGACCUUUCGAAGCUGGUUGUCCCAAAUACGAAACUUGUGAGGAUGCCGAGUUCAAAUGCUGUCCUGACGGUGUCACUCCAGCCAAGGGUAAUGACAAUGAAGGCUGUUUCACUGACGCCUGCAAAACAUCUCUCUUUGGAUGUUGUCCUAAUGGAUCCACUCCAUCCGAGGGUAAUGACAAUGAAGGCUGCCCUGAACCAACUACACUACCACCACCCACAACCAUGUCUUCCAUGGGUGAGGACUUGAUCCCGGUCUCCUGCAAACA